CAAAAAUUCAUGUGAUAUGCUUCAACCAAUGGGGAGAUAAAAAUACCUUUUCCAAUUGCAUGUAAUAAUGUUAUUUGUAAAUUUAAAUAAUUUAUGCAUGGCUUGUUAUUAUUUAUUAUUUAUUAUUUUAAAAAAAUUAUAAUUUUUUUCAUCAAUGCAUCACCAAACGCUCGCACCUUCCAGCCUGGUUAACUCAUUAAUAUUUAUUUCAUUAAUCUGCAAAAAUAUUUCAUUGUAUCAUUUUCAUUAUUUAUUAUUUUCAAAAAAAAAAAAAAAGUUUUUUUUUUUAAUUCAACAUACCGACGAUGAAUGAUGCGAGCGAUUUGUGACAACGAUCAACAAUUAUUAAUUACGGUUUUAUUAUAAAAAAAAUAAACAAUUUAGGAGUUUUUGGACAAUUAAAUUUUACAGAUGAUUAUUACAACAACGAGAUGUCGUCAAUGGACAAUGUUAACAUGAAGAUUGAUGACUGGUGGUUGAUUCCAAAUAAUGAAGAAGAAAGAAAACUCGAGGUGACAAGAAGUGUCACAAUUAAAAAAUAUCCAGCACCAAAAAUUAUUAAUAUUAAAACAAUAGAAAUUGUUAAUAUUCAUAGUAUUAAAAAACAAAAAAUUAAUUAUUCAAUAUUUAAAAAACCAAAACCAUAUGUUAUUGCUAAACGUAAAUUUUUAUGUGAAUUUUAUCAAAGACCGGUCUUACAGCGUAUUAAUAAUUUACCUACAACAUCAAAUAAUAAUGCUAAUAAUUUAAUUAAAGAUAAAAAAUUAGAUUAUAAAAAUGAUAGGAUAAAAAUUUGUAAAGGAUUUGUUAAAAGUAUUGUUGAUCGUUUUUCAACAAAUAAUAAUGCUGAUGAUAUUAAAAAUAAUACAAUAAGAAAAAGAACAUAUGGACUUGGUGAUAAUCAUCAAAGUCCAGUUAAUGAUCAUCAGUCAAAAAUUCAAAGAUUAAUUGAGCCAAUUAUUGAAAGUAAUGAAGAGCUAGAAAGUCCAAGACUUGUUGAAGCAUUUAUAAACACAUCGAGUUAUAAAAAAACAAAAAUAUAUGAUAAUACAUCAAGUGAUGAUGAUUUUUCUGAUUUUAAAAUGUUACCACAAACUCCAGAUGAUACAUUUGUCAUUGAUACAAAUAAUGAUGAAUUAAAAAUAUCAAGUUCAUCUGAUCAUACAAUGACUCAUUCAUCUGACAUGAUAACAGUUAAAGAAAAUAUUGAAAAUAUUAAUAAUAAAUUAUCAAAAAUACAUGAUGAUAAACAUGAUGAUGAUUGUUUGAAUGACACAGUUGUUGUAAUGAAUGAUUCACCAGAAAAAAAUUCAUCAAUUUCUAAUGAAAAUAAUGAUCAAUUGAUGAUGAAAACAAUUAAAAUUGAAGAGGAUUCAAUUGUUGAUGAAAAAGAAGAAAAUAUAUCAAUUUCUAAUGAAAAUAAUGAUCAAUUGAUGAUGAAAACAAUUAAAAUUGAAGAGAAUUCAGUUGUUGAUGAACAAGAAGAAUUAAUAGUUGAUAUUAAAACUGAAAUUAAUGAUGAGGAGGUUGAUGUUAAAGAAGAAAAUGAAAAUGAAUUAAUAACAGAUAUAAAAACAGAAAUAACUGAAGAAAUUAAUAGCAGUUUUGAUAAUAUUAAUUGGCUUGAUGAUUCAUUUGAUAAAAUGGAAAAAAGUUUUCCAGCUGAAAUACCAGAUAAUCAAUACUGGAGAUUUUCAUCACCAAUACAACAAAUUUAUAAUCGUGAAGAUAGUGUUAGUGAAGUUAUAAAUAGUAUGAAUGAAAAUUUAACACCAUCAAAAGUAAUAUUUUCAAAUAAAUUACGUGAAACAAAUAAUUCAAGCAAAUAUUAUCUUGAUUCAAAUCAAAUGAGUUUAAUUUAUAGUUUAACACCAACAGCAAAUGAUGAUGAUGAUAUUGAUUAUGAUAAUAUUGAUGAUAAUAAUUUAACAAAAGAACAUUUUAAUUGUGGUCGUGAAAAUUGUUCUGGUUGUCUUAUAACAAGUAUAUCAAAUAAUCAUAAUUUUAGUAAUGAAAAUAUUGAUAAUGAUUAUUCAGAUUAUCUUUGGGAUGAUAUUAUAAAAAGUAAUGAUAAUUCAACAAAUGAUGUUAUUAAUUUAAAUAAAACAAUUGAUUUAUUUGAUAAUUCAAUACAAUCAAAUACGACAAAUGAAUCAGGAGAUAUUAAUAUUGAUAUUAAUUUAUCAAAUAACAAUAAUAUUGAGUAUAAAAAUGAGCCAAUAUCACCAACAGAUUCAAUUGAAAAUGAUAGAUGUUCAACUGGUGGUUGUUCUUUAUUUGGAUCAGAUCUUCUUGAGCUUCCUCAUGCAACAUUUUUAGAAAUUCAACAAUCAAAUGAUCAUGUAUUUCACAAUGACAUUGUUAAUUCAGCAAAUGAAAUUAUUGCUGGUAUUGAUGAACGUGAAAAAAUUGUUAAAGCUGAAUCAAUUGUUCAGUCAAUAGUUAAUAAUAUUGAGUCAUUAAAUAUAAAUAGUGUUGAAACAAUUGUUGUUGAAAAUAAUUCAACAGUUGAUGAUGAAAAUUUUAAUAAUAAAACUUUUGAUAUUGAUGAUGAUACAGAUGUUAUUAUUGUUGAAGAAAUUAUUCAUCAUAUUAUUGAUAAAAAUGACAUUAUUAAUACCAAAAUAUUAACGUCAAUGGAAAGUAUUGAUUUAAAAAAAAUGAAAGAAAAUACAAAUGCCGAAUUAAAAGAGCUAUCAACAAAUGAAAAUAAUAAUAAUUUAAAUAAUUUAUUUGAUAAAGAUGAAGAGAAUUUAUCAAUUGAUAAUGAAGAAAUUCAAGAACAAGAUUCUGGUCUUGCAACAAGUCCAGAUGAUUUUAUAAAUGAAGUUAAAUUAAUAGUUGAUGAUGCUACAAAUGAAAAUGCAAUGAGAGAAAAUUUAGAAACAAUUGUAUCAUCUUGUAAUGAAGUUGAAAUAAUUGAAAAUUUUAAAAAUGACAAUGAUAAAUUUAAACAUUAUACAAAUCAAAUGAAAAUCAUUGCAAAUACAUCAGACAUAAAUAUACUUGAUGUAUCAGUUAUUGAAGGUAAUUUAAGCACUCCAACUGAUACAAAUUUAGAAACAUGUUCUGAAAGUGUUAAACAAUUUAUAAAUCGUUUUAAAAAAAUUAUUGAUGGUGAUAAUUGUUCAAAUGACAAUAGUUUAUGUCAAAAUUUACCAAGUGAAGAAAAUAAUAAUUCAAAUGAAUCAAAUAAUACAGAAAGAAGUAUGGAAGAAAUAUCAUCAUCAAUUGAAAUUAAUUUAUCUGUUGAAAAAUCAGUAAUAGCUAUUGAAGAUUCAUUAGAUAAUGAAACAACAAAUGAACAAAUAUCAUCUGGUGAUACUGAUACUAAAUCUGAUAAUAGUAAUGAAAAAAUUAACUCAACAUUUAAGACAUUUUGUAUGAUACAAUAUGAAACAACAAAUAAUCAAAUUGAUGAUAACAAUAAUGAUAAUACAGUUGAAUUAUAUGAUGAUCAAGAUUCAAUGGAAACAUCAAUAAGUAGUGUUAAAGAAGAUAAAUUAAUAACACUUUGGGAUUUAAAUGAAAAUGAAAGAGAAUGUAAUUGGAAUAAAAUACGUUCAAAUGAAGGUAUACCAAGUUUUAUUAAUUACGAAAAAAUUGAUGAUGAUGUAACACUUGAAAGAACAAUAUCAAUUGAUGAUCUUAAUAGUAAAAAUUUUGAUGAUAAAAGUUUUAAAAAACAAGUACAACAAGAUGAUUCUAAUGAUAUUUUAUAUGAGCUUAUUGAGAGAAAAGAUUCACUGGAGCCAAUACCUGAAAUGAAUGAAGAUGUUGCUGAUGAAUCAAUGGAAGAUACUGAAAAUAUUGAUCAUUCAUUAGAGCCAAUAAUUGAAGCAGAUGAAGGAACAACAAAUGAAUCAUCAAAUGAUGAUAUUGAAGAUGUUAGAAUUAAUUCAACAAGUGAAUUUUUAUCAUGCAAUGAUGAUACAACAAUGUAUUUUGAAACUGGUAAUGAUAGUGUUGCUAAUACACUUAGUCCAGAUGGAUGUUAUGCAUCAUGUCAAACAACAAAUACUGGAACACAAACAGUACAAUCAUUAAAAUCAGAAAGUGAUGAUGAUCAAUCAUCAUAUGAUAGUUUAGAAAAAUUAUCAGCACUUAAAGAUAAAAAAUAUACAUUAAAUUUUGAUGAUGCUUGUGAUGCUUUAAAUAAUAUUAAUAACUCGAUAAAAAAAUGUAGUAAUUGUAAAAAAUUACUGACUGAAAACACUGUUGAUGAUUCAAAUGAAAAUUUGAUAAACAAUGUUGUUGUUGAUGAUGACGAUGAUCAGCCAAUUAUAUGUUCAUCUUGUACUAUGAUAUUGUCACUUGAUACACAAGAAUUUAUACGUAUUGAAAGUAUUGUUAAAAGUGAAGAAGAUAUUAAAUUAUCAUAUGAUAAUUCAUUAAUUAAAAUUGACAUUCCAAAGUAUGAAGAUACAUCGCUCUAUCGUAUUGUCAGUACUUGUAGUUUUACUGAUAACAUGAGCACUUGUUCAACAUCAUUUGACGAGUCAUUUGAUUUAGAUGAAAUUAUUUGUAGCAUUAAAAUGCUAUUUAAUUAAACGACAACUAUAUUUAUCUCAAUUUUUCAUUUUAAAUUUAAUUUAUCAUUUUGGUGGAUGAGAUUUUUAUGGUUUUAAUUGAAAUGUUUCAAUUGCAGGACAUUGAAAAAUUAAAAUCAUUUUCAUUAACUUGCUUUAUUAACUUUAAGUUUCAUUAUUAUUAUUAAUAUUUAUACUUGUAAUUUGUCAAG